AUGUUUUUGAAUUAAAGUGAAUACGAUCUACGAGUCUUUUUGUCCUCCUAUUCAGAUGCUUUGCAUUGUUUAAAAUAAUCAGCGGAUAAAUCGACUUUAAGAAAAAACUAUGAAAAUAUUGCAAAUCGACUUACUAUUUAUGUGAAGCAAAAGAAAGUAUUUUAUUAACAAAAGGUAGAUGUUUGGAGAAGUAAGUUUAUCUAAAAAUGA